AUCUUUCUAGGGGGAUUUAGAGUAUAUCUUGUUGCUUUGAUGCCAUGCAGUCAUCACUCUGCAACAAGAAGAAACUUCACUAAAAAUCAAGUCUAGAAAAGAUUCGUGUUUUCCCUGUCGUUUUGCAUGGCUCGCUUGUAUCCACAUAUAUCACACCUCAGCCGUGCAGCACUUUUCUCCUAGUACUAGGGCAGCGGCAAAAGCAUGUCGAAGAAACAUCCGCAAGCUUCCAUGGCUUCUCCACACUUGGUUGUGGUUCCCCUGCCGCUCUAUGGCCACAUAUCCCCAAUGCUUCGAUUGUCACUCCAGCUCGCAUCACUGGGAAACAAAGUUACCUUCAUCGCCAGCGGAAGAACACAGGCUGCCACGCUCUCGGCAUUCGAGUCGAGCCUCUCCCACAUCGAUGACGCCGAAACGGUGCGUAGCGGGCUUAGCUUUGAGUUCAUUCCCGAUGAAGACAGCGUCGAGCUCGAGCAAGGCGGUGAGGAAGGACUCUGGGCCGUUUUGCGAUGGAUGAGCGCGCAGCACGGUACCGUAGAUCAAAUAGUCGAGUCGUCCGUUAGCCGCCACGGCCAGAUCUCCUGCGUGAUCCUCGACUUCCUCGCUCUCCACCUCAGGGACGUGGCUGACAAGCACAAUGCUUCAGUGGCUUUGUUUUGGACGCCAUCUCCGCCUUGGCUACUUCUCUGUCUCCAAGUAAAAGCUUUCGUGGAUGGCGGCUAUGCACCUCUCACGCCUUCCAAUGCUCUCUCCACUGUCUCGGGCCUCACCGGAGUUCCAGCUCUGUGUAACUAUAUGGACGUUCCAACGGCCCUGCUCAAGCCAAGAGAUCAGCAACUUGAAAGGACGCUAGAGCUGGCACAGUACCUGAUCGAGGCACCAUGGGUGAUCGUGAACACGAUCCCGGAGCUGGACUCUCAGUCUCUUGCUUGCAUCCGCCAACUCGGAGUGAAGCUGGUCACACUCGGUCCUUUGCUGCCAAUGGAUGAUCCGGUAGCUCCGGAUGAUCUUCCAAUCCUUUCCUGGCUGCACGAGAAACCACCUCUCUCAGUCCUCUACAUCUGCUUUGGAACGCUGGCGGAGCACUCCGCGGAGCAGCUCCAGGAACUCGCCAGCGCACUGGAAGAACUCAACCAAAAUCUCUUCUUCCUGUGGGCUUUGCGUCGAUCCCAGCAGCCGAGCUUGAGCGAGGAGUUCCAGCGAAGAACUUCUGCGAGAGGUAUGGUCGUUCCUUGGUGCUCGCAGCUCCAGAUUCUCAAGCAUCCCUCGAUUGGUGGAUUCGUCACGCACUGCGGCUGGAACUCCAUCCUGGAGAGCUUGAGCUGUGGAGUUCCACUGGUCGGCUGGCCAUCUAUCGCGGAGCAAAGCCUCAAUGCAAAGUACCUGGUGGAUGUGUGGAAGGUCGGCGCCAGGAUCAUCUCUCGCAAUCCAGAUGCCAGCACCAGGUUUGUCACUCAAUCCGAAAUAUCCGACGCCAUCGCCACUGUGAUGAUCGCCGAAGAAGGGCGCGAGAUGAGGAGACGAGCUCGCGAUAUCCAGAAGGCUGCCGAUCGAGCAAUGCGAUCUUCCCUAGUCGAGGCAAGACGCUGGGCACAAAGUUUCAAAAGUGCUGGGAAGUAGGGCUCUUAUCCUACCUGACAAAGAAU